UCGACUUUUUCACUCCACUGCAGCUGAAAUAGUAUAGAAAUUCAGGAUCAGUGGUGCCAGUCGACAUAGUUCGGUUGUUAUGCCCGCGGAGUCAGAUCUUGGAUAUUUGUUCCGACGGGUGCCGAGAUCUGAUAUCUUGAAACCUGUCCCUUUAUAAAGACUUGAACCUACCUGUCUUCCCCAGAUAUCCAAAUCAUCACAUCAUAACAACCAUCCAACAGUAAACAAGUGCGAGCUCUCAUCAGUUCCUGCAUAUCCAGACCAGUCCAGCCUUACCGAAAAGUUUGUCAAUAAACUCUAACUCGACGACGUUGUGAAGAUCGCAAACAUGAGCCACACACCACUACCCGGCGGGCUUAUCUCAUUCGGCUCCGAUGCCAACUGUACACUCGAAUUAUGUCCCCUCGAGUCGAGCAUACUGCGGUACCAACCAAAUCUUCCCGCCAAUGCCAUCUUCAUCGGAGUAUUCGGGUUGUCCAUGGCUCUCCACAUCUUCCAAGGUAUCAAGAUGAAGACAUGGGGCUUCAUGGCGAGCAUGAUGGCAGGAUGUAUUCUCGAGAUUAUCGGUUACAUCGGACGACUCAUAAUCCACGAUAAUCCAUUCGACUUCAUUGGAUUUCUAUUGCAGAUCAUCAUGAUCACCAUUGCCCCCGUUUUCUUCUCUGCUGCCAUCUAUGUUCUUCUGUCCCAGGUUAUCAACUUUGUCGACCCAAGUGUCUCUCGAUUCUCUCCCAAGUAUUUCUACUGGAUCUUCAUCCCGUCCGACAUUAUCUCCCUCAUCCUCCAAGCCGUCGGUGGUGCAGUCUCUGUUGUUUCCACAGCGCAGGAAGAUGUCAAGACUGGAGAGGACAUCUCCAUCGCUGGUCUCGUCUUCCAAGUCGUCACUUUACUUUGUUUCGUUGCUUUGUUCAUCGACUACGUUUUCAGGGCUUCCAAGUCACCGGCCCGAUAUCGCCUUACCAAGCCCAUCCUCACUUUCCUCUUCUUCCUUUUUCUCUCGACAAUCUUCAUCUUGAUUCGAUGUGGCUACCGAAUUGCCGAGCUCAAUGGAGGUUACUUCAGUGCUAUCUUUCGAGACGAAGGUCUUUACAUCGCUCUUGAAUCUUGCAUGAUGUGCAUUGCUGUUCUUCUUCUGAAUGCGGGCCACCCUGGAUAUGCUUUCAAGGAAACCCCCGAGUUUACCAAGGAAAUGGACCAGAUGGACCAAGACGACAAUACCGUCUUUGGAAAAUAAGUGUCAUCUUCGUCAGGCCUCGUAAGAUGAAAAACAUGCUCGCCCGGACAAGGAAACUCCUCGACCAACCAGGGCAAGCUCAACGGAUAUUUCCUUUCUUAUCGGUAUUGUGCCUCGAAUUUUAGCGUGUAUAUAGACUGUAUGGCGAAUGGCGUUAAGACAUGGCAAUAACUGCCUGGAGGGUUUUGGAAGCUUGUCUCAUUUAGAAAGGUACGGCACAGGCUGUGCACGCUUAGGUAUCAAUUCCACACGAUUGGGCGACAUGGAGAAGCUUAGAUCUCUUGUUGAGUCUGUGGUAAAAGUGUUACAUAAAAAUAUAUGAAAACAAAUAGAUAAAACAGUUCACCAUGAAGGAAAAUAAUAUACAAAAAACAUAAAAAAGGAAUAGGGGGAGGAGAGGAAGGAGAAAUACAUGCUCUAGCACCCGUUGAAGAUCAGC